ACUUUAGAAAAGUGUUUCCUGUGGCGGUGAUUUCAAAUAUCAAAACUAUGCCAGUGAAGAUUGGGAUCUUCCAGGGGGCUGAGUCGGAUCUAGGGGCAGGACAAAGUGAAGUAACACUGUCUGUCAGCAUCCAGGGGGACCCGUUGUUUUAUGUGCCUGGAAAUUGGUAUCAGGUGAGUCUCACAUCGAGCACGGAGUUCAAUGGCAUCUCCAUCAUUGGCGUCUUUACAUCCCAAACCCCGGGCAACUCGGUGGGGUCGCCGGAUUCCAGUGGUCCCCUGCCAGGCAUCACCUACAUGUGCUCUUUGAUUCAUCAGCAGAUGAUUCGAGUACCCCAGAGAGAUGCCGUUGCCUAUUGGAUUGCCCCUGCAGAGGGAAGUGGCUGCGUCAGUUUUAUGGUGACUGCUUUCCUUGGACAGCAGACGAUUCUAAAGGACGCUUUAGCUUUGCAACUUUGUGAGAGGGGAAUGCCAUCAUCUGAACCAUUCAGACCCCAGUUAGCGUCCGUGCACAGUGAUGGGGUGAUCCUAAGAGAUGACUUUGAUUCCUCGGAAGCCCUCGACUACACCGUCUGGUCAGAAUUACACGGCGGCAACAUCAGCAAUACCUGCGGCACAGUUCUCCAUGGUAACGCCAUGGUCUUCUGUAACCGGCUCGGGAGUAGAGACUUGAGCACCGUUCACUUGAAUCUCACCUCAGCGUCUGUCCUACAGUUUGCUCUGAGUUCAGGUGUUUGUACGCCAGGUAUCGGUGAUUACAGCCUGUCUGUGUCCUACGCUGUCAAUGAUCGCGUGGACUGGCAUCUGAUUGAGAAAAUCAGAGUCCCCACAGAUGGCCACACCACCAUUCACAUCAUCCACCUGCCGGCCGCAGCUCGUCAGCCGGAUGUGUGCCUACGUUUGCAUCAGGACCUGGCCAUGGACGUCCACAGCUUCUUUGGCUGUUGGGCUUUAGAUAAUGUCCUCAUCACCAGCACUGCCCACAGACCCACUGUGCUGGAGGAGGACUUUGACCCUAUUGCUAUGGACAAUUGGCUCUUCUUCCCGAGCGGAAACAUCAGGUCUGCUUGUCACUCUGAAGGUGAGGCUCUCUUCUUCCACAGCCCUGAUGAAAGUGUCCAGGACAUCUAUCAGUUUGUCACCACUCAUGAUCUGGACCUCUACAUGCCUGCAUCCAGUCUCAUCCUUGAAGAACAUAUCCAUGGCGAUAGGUUGCCACCAGAUUGGAACGUCACUGGUGGCCACGUGAGUCAGAUGUGUGGCACUGUGCACUCUGGUUCUUCGCUGGUAUUCAGCGGUGAUGGAGAGCGGUUAGCCUGUACCCAGUACAUCAACGCAACCGAAGCUGGCAACUUGAGAUUCUACUUCGCAAUGGGUGGAGGCUCUUGUGAUCCUGCCGACUCCAUGGAUGUCCAAGUGGAGGUAUUAGCUCAUGUUGACGGGAUGCAAGCACCCAUCCUGCUAAACACCUUGGCCUAUAACUCCUACCGGAAACCCCAGCCUAUCUCUGUGGCUAUCCCAUCUGCCGCCCGCUCCCCGGCGACAAAGUUCUGCCUCCAGCAACGGAUCCACCACGGCCUGAAUCGCAACGUCUGGGCAGUGGACGAAUUCCUCAUAUUGCCGUGGAGACCGGAUCGCAUCACCCACCAUCUGCAGUUUGACAUCAGCCUGGCGUGCCGUUCGGACGAGGUGCCGGCCUUGGAUGGAAGUGCCGUUCACGUGGAAUUCUCCACGGAUCGGGGCCGGUCAUGGUCCCUGGUGAGAGGCCAAUGCCACCCAGGUACUUGCCAAGGCUCAGUUAUUGCCGAGAGCUCGGUCUAUGGUUCAGAAGAUGUUCAGGAGGGUUGGACGCGUGUGAUCUUGCCCCUGCCUUCCACAGCUCUGACUUCAAGUGCCCGCUUCCGCUGGAGACAAGCCCAACCCACCCCACAGACAAAGUGGGCCAUCGAUAACGUGUACAUCGGCGACGCCUGCUCAGAUCACAUGUGCAAUGGCCAUGGGAGAUGUACAUCCCAGGGCUGCAGAUGUGACGAGGACUUCGCCGGCCACGACUGCCGUGUGCCCCUCUCUGUGCUGCCCACCAAUUUCACAGAGAAUUUUGAAAACUUCGACGCCGAGACAGACUUUAAGUUCUCCACCCUUCGCGGGGGCAUUGUGGGAUAUGACUGUGGGGUGCUGGCAUCAGGCAAGGCACUGGUCUUUAAUCAAGCUGGCAAGAGAGAGAUUGUUACACAGGAACUCGACAGCACCAACAGUCGGUUUUUGCAGUUUACUGUUCGUAUAGGCAGCCAGUCCAGUAUUGGCACCUGUGCAUCUCCCGACGACCAAUCAGAGAGCUUACUGCUGUUCUACAGCUGUGACAAUGGCAUUGAAUGGCAGCUGCUGAAACACAUGGGACAUAACGCGUACAAAACUCCCAGAUCAGAAUUGGUUCAUCUACCUGAUGAAGCCAAGGGUCCUGCCUGUCGUUUCCGUUGGUGGCAGCCUUCUCAUUCGGGCAGUGGACAUGACGUCUGGGCGCUGGACGGUGUCUCGCUAACACCAGUGCUCUUCAACACCAUCAAUCUGGACAUGAGCGACGACUCGGUGGUGAAGCAAUCGCUCAGCUUUCACCUGGGGGAGAUCAGAGAUUUCUGCAAGGCCCACGAGGCUCUGGUGUUUUCUGGAAGCUCAGAGCCAGGUGGUGUUCGAUAUGCUGAGACCCAGAGCUUACAGAUUGGGGCUUCUUACAUCCUACAGUUUGAUCUGGUCAUGGGUUGUGGGCGGAGAUAUGGCCAUCCACACAGAGAUGAUAAGAAGGUCUACCUUGAGUAUUCUACUGACCAUGGCCUUACCUGGCAGCUAGUCACCCAGGAAUGCCUACCAGGCCAGACCCACUGCCAAAAUGACUACCACAGCGCGAGUGUCUAUGACGACACGCAGUAUGGGGAAUGGUCACGGAUUACUGUACGACUUCCGCCCGCCUUGAGGACUGUGUCAACAAGAUUCCGAUGGCAACAGUCUGUCUUCAAUGGCAUUGACUCCUGGGCUAUCGAUAACAUCUACAUUGGCAAAGAUUGUCCCGAACUCUGCCAUGGACAGGGACGUUGUGUGGAUGGUGUCUGCAGCUGUGACAGUUCGCGCUACAGCGGCGAUACCUGCACGCCCAACUACCUCCCCUCUUCCGUCCAAUCAGAUUUUGACGAGGCUGCCGUCCUCUUCUCUGAUUGGAGGGAUGUCCACGGUGGAACCAUCAGGGGUGUUGAGGAUGGAUGUGGAAUUGUCACUUCGGGAUCCUCUCUGUAUUUCUACGGACCCGGAGUACGGGAGCUGAUCAGUCAUGACCUCAACACAGCGUCAGCUUCCUUCGUUCAGUUCUACAUCCGGCUGGGCGGUGACGGCACGCUGCCAACGUGUCGCGGCAUCGAUCGCAGGGAGGAAGGGGUGCUACUCCAGUACUCCAAUGACGGGGGUAUCACGUGGCACCUGCUGUUGGAACUGUACUACAGUGAUUACAGGCAAGCCAAGUUUGUCCACCAGAAGCUCCCUCAGUCAGCCAAGGCGAGCAGCACCAGGUUCCGCUGGUGGCAACCUAGCCACAGUGGGGCAUUUGAGGACCAGUGGGCCCUGGAUGAUGUCUACAUUGGUAACGAGUUCAACGUACAGGCGGACCAUGAUGCCUAUCUGCAGGAUGAAGGCGCAAGCCCAGAUAGCCUGUGGAUGACGGUUAGUAACGGGGAACCAGGCAGCUAUUGUAGCUCAGUGAACAUGAAUGCGCUAGUGUUCAAUCAGCUAGGCGGGGACCGGUUUGCUGUCACUAGGAAGAUGGCACUUAAAGGCGGUGAUGUCAUACAGUUCAAGCUUGUGAUUGGCUGCCUGUCCGGUUUCACCCACUUUGCCCCCGUCUAUCUCCAAUAUUCCCAUGACAACGGCCUUCACUGGAAUCAAGUCAUCGAGAGCUGCUAUCCCUCCAGCCUAGAGGAAGGGCUCUGCACAGGGGCAGGGCAAACCUAUCAGGAAGGGAGUGUCUACCACAUGGGGCAGUAUGCCUAUUGGAGACUGGUGGUCAUACGACUCCCAGAACACAUCACUCAAAAGAAGACCCAGUUCCGUUUUUGGCAGGCGGAGGAUGAGUUUGCUCCCACCUUCAGCAUCGGAGCAGUGUACAUCGGGGAGGCCUGUCCGGACAACUGCCGUGGUCAUGGCGUGUGCUUGGAGGGGAGAUGUCAUUGUGAUUAUGGUCAUACAGGCGUGAGCUGCCAGCCCUUGAGAGAGAACCCUGUUGGUCUGAUGGACGAGUUCGAAGGCCGGACACUCGGUGCAUCGUGGGCCAGCCCACAGAGCGGGGCCAUCGGUCAGGGGUGUGGUGUCAUCAAGAUGGACAACACUCUGUACUUUGGGUCUGUUGGUCCGAGAGAGGCUCGGACGGUCCCCUUGAACACAUCAGCUAUCAAGAUCCUUCAGUUCUACCUACGCAUUGGAAGCCCGGACUUAGGAUCCCAGUGCCAACUUGCUACGUCACGUCAGGAGACAGUCAUCGUACAGUUCUCCGCAGACAACGGCAUUACUUGGCAUACCCUGCAAGCUAUCGACCCAACCGCGAUGGACAUGGCUUCCUCUGUCAAAGUAACCAUAGAACUGCCCACAGAAGCUAAGACGAAUGACACCGUAUUCCGAUGGUGGCAGCCGUUUAUAUCCAUGGAUGGAAGACAAGCACAGUGGGCCAUCGACAACGUUCUGAUUGGAGCCAACGACACCAAUGCACACGGCUUCUAUGAAGGAUUUGAUGCAGAAUUGAGCAAUAGCUGGUACUCCGUCAUGUCUGGUACCCGAAAGACACACUGCCACUCUAGGCUAGAAGCACUUGUCUUUGAUGGCGGAAGUGGUGCUCCUCGCUACGCGGAAACGUGGGACUUUGAGAUCACACCAGCAACAUUCCUUCAAUUUGAAAUCGUCGCUGGAUGUAGGCACCAGACCACCUUCUCACCCGAGCACUCCAUCGCCUUGGAGUACUCAGUAGAUAUGGGACGGUCUUGGCACCUCGUGAAAGAGGAAUGCAUCCCGCCAGACAUGGGGUGUGGGGGUUACGACCUCGGCAGCGUGUACACGGCCGAGAUGUACUCCAAGUGGACGCGGGUGACCGUCUACCUCCCCAUAGCUGCUGUAUCGCCUUCCACCCGUUUCCGCUGGAUCCAGCCAGCUUUCACCGGUGAGCAAGAUGUCUGGGCUCUAGACUCCAUCCACCUAGGUCUGUAUGACUGUCCCUGGAUGUGCUCUGGCCAUGGUGGGUGCCAUCACGGUCAGUGUAUUUGUGAUGCUGGCUUUGGCGGUUCUCGUUGCGUCCCUCAGCAUCCUCUUCCCAAGAUGCUCAAAGACAACUUUGAAGGGCAGCUCUCCGAAACCCGUUGGUCUAGUUCCUAUGGUGCACACAUUGGUAACAUGUGUGGUAUACUGGUAUCAGGAACUGCCGCAGUCUUUCGAGAGGCAGGGCCCCGAAUGCUGGUCACGCAGGACAUUGACUGCACCAUGAUGCAAUACAUGCAGUUCACCUUCCAGUACAGCUGUCCAUCGCAGAGUACCAGCAUCGAUCCUGACCGGUCCCGUGCCGUACUAGUCCAGUAUUCCAACAAUGGGGGUACCACCUGGGAGACGUUACGUGAGCUGCACUACACAACGCCACUCAGACCGACCUUCAUCAACAUCAAGCUGCCCAUGUUCCAGAACAAUGCCACCAAGUUCCGGUUCUGGCAACCCAAACACUCAGGCAAUGGUGAUUCCUGGGCCAUUGACGGCCUCGUCAUCGGUGGAAACCUCAUGGGCAGUAACAUGCUGUCAGGAGACUUUGACUCAGGAAUCUCAGAGGAAGAUUGGCUCUUCUAUCCUGGAGCACGGCUGGAUCACCUCUGCCUUCCAUCUACAGAUGAUGAUGUGCAAUCAACACACCCCAGGUUGACAGCAGGUUCUAGCCUGGGCUUGGUGUACCAGCUAGAACCGGGGGAACAUUCAGUGACGACGAGGGACAUUGACGUCAACGAGCACACCAUGGUGCAAUUUGAGAUCAAUGUUGGCUGUGCAAGUGAAACCAUAUCAGCCAACCCUAUCUCCCUGGAGUUCUCGCGAGACCAUGGAUCCACAUGGAACCUGCUCAAACCAGAUUGCUUCGGCCAGAACUGGUCCAGCACUGUGUGCUCCGGUCAUGUUUCUGAACCCAGCGUGUAUUAUAUCGGGGAGCUGGAACCUUGGAAGAGAGUCACCAUACUAAUCAAUGGACUGCAUAUAUGUGGAACUGUUCGUUUCCGAUGGUAUCAAGGCUUCUAUCGGUCACAUGAUCAGCCUCGCCCGUGGGCUCUAGAUAACGUCUACAUUGGUCCUCUCUGCCCGGAACUGUGUGGUGGGCAUGGAGCCUGCGUUGAUGGGCACCAGUGUCGUUGUGACCAAGGUUAUGGCGGCAGAAACUGUUAUGCCCUCCAGCAGAACCCGCGGUACCUGAAGGAGGAGUUUGAAGCUCCCAAGGUUGACUCAAUGAAGUUCCUCCAGUGGAGUGGUGGAGAGGUGACUAACAAGUGUGGCACCCUGAUCACAGGCACCAGUCUACACUUUGUCGGCAGUGGUAAAAGAAUGCUGGUGACGAGGGAUCUGAACCUGACUGCUGCAAGUAUCGUUCACUUCUUCAUCCGCCUUGGUUGCGAGCAUGCCCCACCCAGUACCAAGAACCACCCUGUCCAGCUUCAGUAUUCCAUCAACGGAGGCGUCACCUGGAGCCUCUUGGAGGAGAUGGGCUUCAACAACGACAGCUACGCAGCGCGGUACGUCAUGCUGGAACUGCCCAGCGGGGCCAGGAGCAAUGCCACCAGGAUCAGAUGGUGGCAACCAUCCCACGAGGGAAGCUUCUACGAUGACUGGGCCAUUGAUCAGAUAUUCAUCGGUGGCCACGGGCAGCCUGUGCUACAAGAUGACUUUGAUUCCUCCAUGCAGCGAGACAGCAACGAAAUCACCUCACCCCAUGAUCAGAAUUGGCUCUUGUCUCCCGGUGGCGUCAUGGAGCAGGUUUGUGAUUCGGGGGUGAAUGCACUGCACUUCUCCAGCAAUGAUCUGAUGCGUUACAUGGUCAGCACCGACAUCAUGGUAACGGAGCAGUCAUUUCUACAGUUUGAGCUAGCGAUGGGAUGCACUCGCUCCAACCAGUGUUACAGUAUUAAUUUGGAGUACUCUCUGGACAUGGGCAAACAUUGGCAACUGGUAUACGGAGCAUGUCUGCCGUCCGACGUUGACUGCUCAAGUUAUCAUCCGAGCAGCCAAUUAGGUGCUGAUGUCUACGCUGGCUGGAACCGUGUCGUCAUGCCACUCCCUCCUCACACAAGGUCUAAAUCUACCCAAUUCCGUUGGCGGCAACCGACUGGAUUUGAACCAUCCAGCACCUGGGCUCUGAGCUAUGUGUACAUUGGCUCCGAGUGUUCAACAAUGUGUACUGGGCACGGCAGAUGUAAUGCAGGCUACUGUGUAUGUGAUGCGAGCUGGCAGGGACCAGCCUGCGAGCUCCCCAUCAGGCCACUACCUCAACAAGUCAGGGAACCAUUCUCCCAUCAACCUGUAGUGGCGGAAGGAGGGGUGUGGCUUAACGUCAACGGUGGGAUGGUCUCCAGCGCAUGUGGGCCAGUAGCCUCCGGGAAGGCCCUGCAUUUUACUGGGGCCUGCACGCGUCAACUGACCACCACAGAUCUGGACCUAAGCCGUGGUAGUCAAGUACAGUUCUACCUUCGUUACGGCUGCCUGUCCUUGCCGACUCAACGUAGCCAUAAUGUUCUGUUGCAGUAUUCCAUCGAUGGUGGUGUGCACUGGACGUUGCUUUCAGAACUCCAUUACAGUAGAUACUCCAUGUCCAGUUUUGUCACCAUUACAUUACCCACUGCCGCCCGCACCAUUGGUACCCGGUUUAGCUGGUGGCAGCCCAACCACCCAGGACUCAACCAAGCCGACUGGGCCGUCGACAACAUCGUGAUUGGUGGCUCGUCAAACAGCCGACCCACCGCCAUGUCCGACAGCUUUGACUCUGGUCAGCCCAGUGUGGACUGGCUGUUUGCUGACAACGCGGCCGUCCUCUCCUUCUGCAAUGAAUUGGACCGAGAAGGGGUGUCAAAUGGGGUGCUGGACACCGCUGGGGAGAACCUGUCACUGGUCGGAGGUCUAGAUCCUGAGGAAGGAUCCGUGAUAACAACGGUAGACCUUCAGCUACAACAAGGGACUGUUUUGGAGUUCAAGAUCAGCACUGGCUGCAAUGCCUCCUGGGAUAGUUCCUUCAAUCCGGUCCAGCUGAUCUUCUCUAUGGACCACGGCAUCACCUGGUCACACCUGAUACAUCAGUGUCUUCCCUCGGAGCCAGAAUGCAACGAUGUCGUCACACCGUCCAGCUCUUACUACACCCACCAUGGAUGGAAGAGGAUUUCGAUUCUGAUCCCAGAGGAAGCGAUAUCAGGGCACACUCGUUUCCGCUGGUUCCAGGAAGUUCUUCCUGGUUCCCUGCCCCAGCGCUGGGCACUUGAUGAUGUCCACAUCAGUCCAGCUUGCCCAGACAUGUGCAGCGGCCACGGAACUUGUGACUACCCACAAUGCAUCUGUGAUGAGGGAUUUGAUGGUUCCGCCUGUGAGCACAGUCUUGGCACAAGGAAUAAUUUAAAGGAAAGCUUCCCGGGCCCAGACCUUGACUCCUCAGCUUGGAACUUGGUCCAAGGAGGCAGCAUCACCAUGUCUCAAGACUGCGGCACCGUCAGGGAAGGAUGGUCGCUCUACUUCAGUGGACCAGGACUUCGAGUGGCCGAGACAGUGGACUUAGACCUCAGAGAUGCAAGUUUUGUGCAUUACCAUGCCGUGAUUGGUAGCCAUUAUGACAUCCCAUCAUGCCUUAGGCCAGGAGGCCGGUCAGAGAGCGUCCUACUCCAGUACUCUGUCGACGGGGGUAUCUCUUGGAGCCUACUAGCAGAACUGUACUACGAGCAUUACACCAACCCGCAGCGUGACUACUUCACCCUGCCUGCUGCUGCCCGCACCCAGGCAACACGACUCCGUUGGUGGCAGCCAGUUGGAGACGGACAAAGAGCCCAGUGGGCGCUGGAUGACAUUUAUAUCGGCGGUUCAGAAAUAAACCCCACUCACCUGAGGGAGUCUUUUAACUUGGGUCUGACUGAGACCCUAUGGGACUUCUAUCCGUACGGACAGGUGCAAGUCGGUGUCUGCCUCAACAGUGACAGAGCCCUCUACUGGGCCAAUCGACGACACAGUCAACGAGACAGUGUAGCUGUCACCAGGCAGCUCAUUAUUGACACCAACUACAUGCUGCAAUUCAAAAUUGUCGUUGGUUGCCAAGAUAUUGCCCCGUCCUGUCUGGAAGACUUCCCCGUCAGACUGGAGUACAAGACCCAUCCUACCAAGUCUGACUGGACUCUACUGAAGCCCAGCUGUCUGCCAGACGGUGGAGACGGAACGAGGUGUCAACCCAGGGAGUUUGACCGGGGCAGUAUCUACACGGCUAACGGGUACAAUGUCUGGCGGCGCAUGGUGUAUUCCUUACCACAAGAAGUGGUGUCGAGUUCCACCCAGUUCCGCUGGGUGCAGCUCGCUGCCAGCCAGUCAGCUCCACCCUGGUCCUUAGAUGACAUCUACGUCGGAGCCAGCUGCCCCAGACUGUGUAGUGGACACGGCACCUGUGGCUCUGAUGGAAGAUGCCAAUGUGACCCAGGGUUCAUAGGUGAUGAAUGCGUUCCCAUGCGACUCCUGCCCAUCCAUCUGAACGACAACUUUGAAGGAGGCAUCACGGACCGCACCUGGUCGUCAGUGAAAGGAGGUCAGCUUGGGAUGGGUUGCGGGGCCCUGGUACCAUACGCACACGGCAAGUCGCUGUACUUCAGCCAGUGUGGGCUAAGGGAGGCAGUCACGGUGGAACUCGAUACGACUAGGGCAAGUGAGAUCAUGUUUGUUCUUCAAAUUGGAAGCGCCUCUCUUAACAACCCCAGCUGCUUUGUAAACCUGUCUUCCCCGGCCCUCGGCAACAAAGUCGUCCUCUUGCAGUACACAGCCAACAAUGGCAUUGGGUGGCAUCUGUUGGAGUCACAUGACCCCGCCGACUACCAGCGGGCUCAGCGCGUGUCCUACCGACUGCCUGCCAAGGCGCGAGGGCGGGCCAUUCGAUUCCGCUGGUGGCAACCCCAGCACGGCGGUCAGGGGACGGACCAGUGGGCACUAGAUCAUGUACAGCUAGUAAUGUCUAGACGUGCCAUGUUGAAACCCUACUUCAUAUGAGAAUUCCAUUACUAGCCAGCCGUGUGUAAUCACCACUAAAGAGCCAAGGCAGA